GCAGGCUGGGUCGGGUAUACAGACGUUUUGUUGACACUGACCUAAGUCAAUUCUAUUUGCUGUAAAUAAUUUUCUGUGCACUGGGGAGGCCGGCUAAAUAAAUUAUCCACACUAAAAGACCUUACCGACUACGCCUGUGUUUGUUGUCCGGGAGAGGGUUAAAAGAGGACCCCGCGACAGAUAGCAUUUUACAUUUCCAAUAAGUAGGAUUGUGGGUUUGUGACUUACACGCAAUUUAAAAUUAGUUAGAUAUGACAGUGUGGUUGAACCUGAUGCUUAUUUUUGUCAUGUGUAUGGCACGCAAACAGAGCUGACAUUAACCACAAUGUCAUCAAAACACCUCCUACCCUAGUUCUCAGAAAAAAAUAAUCUCAUGACCACAGUUCUCAGACCACUAAAAUAUCUUGUCCGUGUUAUCCUCUAUAAAACAUUAAUGUGUUACAUCUAGGAGUCAAAUAUGGUUUAGAAGUUCAACUCCCUCAUAGUUACGUGUGCUGUCCGUCAUGCCAUGAAUCCUGCUGUUUAAAAAGCAGAAAUGUCAAUUUUCCCAAAGAAGCACACAUACUGUAUAGUGACACACUUUUGUACUAGCUGGUUGAGUAUAUAUGGUUAAAGGAUAGAAAUACCCUCAUUAUAUUGUGUCGUAAUGCUAAUUUUGAAAUAUAAAAGUAAUGCAUGGUCGAUUCAUUAGAGACUAGUUCUGAAACAAAACAUUUAUAUUCUUAAAAUGUAUUCAUUCAUCAAUAUUAUGCUAAAAAAAAUACAGUGUGAAUUCGAUUUAAACAGGAUAUAAGUUUAAACUGAACAAAAUGAAGACGUUAAUGUGAUCUGCCUAGACUGAAAACCACCAGUCACAAUGAGGUGGAGACAGGAAGUAGGCUGGAUUCUACACUUGUCUUGAGACACAAGUACAGCGACAUUGAGACUUGAGAUUAUAAUAAAGAAGAAGACAAAGAAGCACAAUGGUUGAAUUUGCAAUAUUUAAAAUUCUUCUUAUUUUGAUGCUUCUAUUUACAGCAGUUACUCAAAUGACCAAAUUAAGCUCUAAAGUUGGAGGUGAAGUCACGUUGCCUUGUGUAAAUGGAAAAGAUUUUCACAAUAGCUAUAACAGUACUACUUGGCUCUUCAGUGGUUCAGGAAGCAAUGAAACAGUGUCACUGUUUGAACAUGGGCAGUUUAACGGUGGUCUCAGAGCUAAAUCACACAGGCUGAGUGUUACACCGGACUAUUCUCUGAUUAUAAAGCAGGUCACAUCAGAGGAUGAUGGUCAUUACACCUGCAGACAGUUCAAAUCAGGAGAGCAAUUUACAGACUCUUUGGUUUACAUGUCUGUUAUUAACAAAGGGGACACAACAAAAGGAAUAAUUACAUCAACAACAACCAAAACUGCAAUAUCAGCAAAUGCCCCUAAAUCUAAAAGCGCUACAUCAACCACAGAACCAGAGAAACCCUCAAAAACAGUUCAAACCAAACACAUGCUGAUCAUUUUAGCGGGUGGUUUUCUAGUACUCUUUAUAAUCCUGGCACUCAUUGGAUGGAAGAGAAAUAAAAGGAACAAAACACAGAAGAGUGAUGAAAUUGAACUGAGAAUGAAUUACUGCGGUAUACCACAAACCAGUCAGAAGGGGGCUAAUCCUGCAGCUGAUGUUUCCUAUUCCUCCAUCAAAAAGACCAGGAAUAAAACCCGGGUUCAGAGUAAUGACCAUAAAGAUGUUGCACUGACUUUCUCCACCUUUGGCAAAGCCUCCAAUAAUGAUAACAGGAUCUACAUGAACAUGAAAAGCAUACAAAAAGCCAGGGGCAGUUAUUUUUAAUGAUCAGAAUAUGCUUUAUAUUAUUUGAUAUUACUGUGAUGAUCAUUUAGGAACCUACAUAAAUCCUUUUUUUUCCUAAAUGAUUCAUAAAGACAAAUUUCAAAAAUCAAAACAAAAAACAACAACUUAUAAUUGUAACAUUUUUUCUUUUUCGGACAUCUUAUGUUUAAUAAAAAAAAUGAGAUAUUAUCUGUCAAUUUACUUUGCGUGAUCUGAAUUCCAAACUUUGCUAACAGCCAAAACAUUUUACACUUUUAAUUUUUUUGCUAUAUUUUGAAUAAAUAUUUAUAUUAAUCAGUGGCGGGGCGUGGCCUGCAGUGCCGCUGCAAGAGAGGUGGUCACACCUGAGCGUCAUCCGCAAUCACGCCUCGCUGCCUUAAAGUCUGUGCUGUCUCUGCUGUUGUGUUAUGUGUCGGGCUGUGUGCUGGAAAGCUAAACCCAGCUGCAUGUGUACAGCAACUUGUGUGAAAUUGAUCAACAAAGAGAAGCUGUAAAACAUGUUCAUGCAAACAUCGUCGGGUCUGCCGUGAUAUCUUUACAAUAGGACUUCUGCUCCUGAACCUCUGCGCACAGCUUCUGCAGACUGGGGCUGUACAAUGUCACUUUCAUCUUUACGCAGGACUGUAAGCUGUUGUCUGUAAGGCAUGAGUGGUUUUUGUUUUUAUCAUUGUUCACGGUGGGGAAUAGCUGCUCAAAUACGUAUGUGGAUCCGAAGAUCGACAAUCCACAAAUUAGGCAUACUGUUAGGCCGCUCUCGUCAGAAGUAAAUAAAUCUGCACAGGCAUCAUUACAUCUUCUAAUGAUGUAAUGAUGCACAACCCUCUUGAAGCAGGGAGUAAAACGGUGGGGCUCACUAGAAGUGAGAGAGCACAUGGUACAGCAGGGUGCUUAUAAUACAUGAUGGAAGAACAGCAGCACAAACUUCUCAGUCUGAGAGUUGUUUAGUUAACUGGAUAAACUGGUUUAGAUACAAAGAGGGAGGGCAGCAUAGGCUCCCUGUGCCACGACUGAAAGAGCUGAACCCCAAGAUGGACCUAGAAAGCAGAUAAAGACCGAGAUGCAGUUGAUGUGCACAGCGUUUAUUUACAAUACCAAGGUAAACAGUGGAAGAUUGCAACAUGCGACUAUUUACAACAGUGAGAGACUGUGGAGAUAUUUACAAGAAUGUGACAGGAAGUGCAACAGUGAACAAAACUAGAGAAUAAACAAAUACAUGGGGAUCAAUGGCUGAGAACGAUUGAGGCACGAUUUACACACACUAUUACAAGGAAUAUGAAGUGCUAUAUACACACGCUAUGACUAUAACCCUGAAUAGGAAACAAGACACUAAAUCUACAUCAGGGCUGGGAAUGGAGGCUGUGGGCUAGAGACAGAGUUAGAACCUGAGGGGACAGAGGUAAUGAGCUGGUGUACAGGGUC